AAACAACCUGUCAAAGUUGAAAAGAAGAAAUUAGCUUUAACGUUCGCUCCGGAUCCUCCAGUUGAGAUGCUGGCGCCUGAUGAGGAAGCUUUAAUGCUGUCGUCUAAAACCAAGAUUAACUCUUCUCAAGCCAGCACUUCGCAUGCCAAUGAGAGGCAAUCAGAAGACACAAUGGCUCCAUGGAGAGCAGGGCCCGCAAAGAUAUGGUAUGAUCGUGCUGGAGUACCUUCUACGGCGUCCACAUACGAUUAUGGGCUAGUCAAAAGAAGAAAGGUAUGUUAA